AUGUCUCAGGUCGAAAUCUUACCCGCCUCGUGCCCCAUCGAUAUAUCUAACACAUUUACAUUUUCGGACCCUUUCUCUUAUCAUGAAGGCGCCUCUUGGUCCUCCAACUUUCUAGCUCACGAAUUGCUAUCCUCGUCGCCAUUGAUUCACACUACCCCCGAGUCGUCUUCUGCGGAGAAUCAGGACAAUGAUGAAACCAUCUUCUCUUCUCUGCCUCCCCUAUUCCGAGGACAUCCAGAAAUACACCUCAGGAACGGGAUUAUGAAGGCUUCCCGCCAGGCGGCCGCAAAUGAGACCGACGCCGAAAGUGCUUUCUUUGUGGCGGAUCUCAGCCAGGUGUACAGGCAACAUGAAAGGUGGCGCCAACAUUUACCAGGAAUUGAACCACACUAUGCUAUCAAGUGCAACCCCGAUCCAUAUGUUUUGAGGCUUCUCGCUGCUUUAGGCGCAGGAUUCGACUGUGCUUCGAACGGUGAAAUAUCCCAAGUCCUCGACAUCGGCGGUAUUGAUCCUUCCAGGAUCAUUUUCGCCAACCCUUGCAAGGCAACCUCCUUUGUCAGGAGUGCUGCAAAGGCAGGAGUAGACAAAAUGACAUUCGACAACGUCGACGAGCUCUACAAAAUCGCGCGCGUCCAUCCCAAGGCGGAACUGAUCGUGCGUAUUCUUGCAGACGACUCUAAAAGUUUUCUUCGACUGGGGACCAAAUUUGGCGCGUCACUUGACGUCGUUCCUGGCCUUUUGGCCAAGGCAAAGGAGUUAAAUCUCAACGUGAUAGGAGUGAGCUUUCACGUGGGAAGCAGCUGCUACGAUCCCUCUACUUACGAGGACGCCAUCAAGCGUUCUCGGGAGGCAUUCGACAUGGGCAAGAGGGCUGGAUAUAAGUUCAGCUUGCUUGAUGUCGGUGGAGGAUUCGAAGACGCCCAAUUUGAGACAGCAGCUAUUGUGUUGACAGAAGCCAUUGAUCGGUACUUCCCUGAUCGAGGCGACAUCAGGGUGAUUGCGGAACCUGGACGGUUUUACGUAUCGAAAGCGUUCAGCCUCGCCGCGAAUAUCAUUGCCCGGCGGGCUCCGAUGGCCGAAUUUCAACCGGAGUGCUCGAACCUAGAUUUAGAAUGUGAUCAACCCAGCGUCAUGUACUACAUCAAUGAUGGUGUGUAUGGCGCGUUCAACUGCAUUAUGUUCGACCAUCAAACUGUGCACCCUUACGUUCUUUCUUUGAACGGAUCUUUCCACAUUGCUGCUGCGGAGGCAUUGGCACUGAGCAGCGUCUGGGGGCCGACGUGCGAUUCUCUUGAUUGCGUGUGCAAAAGGGUCGAGCUGCCCAGUGGACUGGAAGUGGGGGACUGGUUGGGGUUCGACAACAUGGGGGCAUACACUAUGUGCGCGUCGAGCCAGUUCAAUGGGUUUGAGCGGAGCAAGGUGAUAUACACGACGGGAGGGGCGGGGGGUGCGGAGGUGAAGAAGGUUCUUGGCGAGUUUGGAGGACAGGGACACGGACAGGGAUAGUGGUCUGACAGUAGAUACGGGUAGAUGAGUAUUCCGUGUAUAUAUACAUUGACACAUGGAAGUGGAUGGAGAGUGCCGAAAUGGGAGUGUUAUGAGAGGAUGACGAGAAUGGAAAAAAUGGCC